AUCUUCAAGUCUUUUGUGGGAAUGCCACUGGUGCGAUAUCCUGCCUCGACCCACAUUCAUAUCCACCAGAUCCCUAGCUGGGUAUACCAACGUAAUUUUCCCCUCUUGUUCUCCCGUGCUUCUAGACUCAGAACCUUUUUAUCGGUGCUAGCCAGAGUUUCACUGAUAAUCGUCGUAUGAUCGCGAUCAAGCUUAUCCAACACUAUCUAUCGGCCCUGUCCAUUCUUCAAUCAAAAGGUUGUUCUGGGGUCGAUAUCUGCCUCCGUGGAUGCAAACGGAAAACGGGGACCAAGUUACUGUUAUCCUCGACUUCUUCUCCGACAUGUCUGCGGAGUUACUGUUGAGGACAAGUUCUUCCGAAUCUCAAAGUUUAGCCCGCAUCGUUUUUCCGAUGGGCCUGACAGCUUCGUUCAAAUUUUGGAUUGCACGACCCUGGAUUGUUGGUAAUCCGAACAUCUUUGAACUCAGCGUGAAAAUCUGUAUUUUGCAGUAUCUGUGAACCCACAAGAUGGGUGUUUCUCCGGUGGCAUCGCAGAAUCAGAUGGCAGUGAGUGGUAACUCUAGUGAAGCUUCGCCGUGUGUCAAAUUAAUCCAUGUGAACCAAACUUCAUACAUCAUGAUGUCUGUAAGCUGAGGAAUUUCGUACCGUGUUAUACUUUUAGCAGCCAAUUAUAGCCGCAUGUGCGAACCACAUCGCAUGAUUUGCGUUGCAAGCUACCUCUCUCUGAGCUGACAUAUAUCAGCACGCGCUUAACAUAUCCUGUUGCCUACGGCGAGCUUUCAAAUCUUCCGCAUAAAUGAAAUGAUGAUAUCUUGAUGAACCAAGUAGCAGAUGGCGGCAGUGUAAUAAAUGGCAGCUACACCGAGGGAAUCAGAUUUUAUGAAUGAAGCGAGGCAGAUUAGAGCAGAUUUCC